AUGCGGAGGAAGUGCCGCAACAAAAGGAAAAAACAGACAAAAGAAGUUUUCUGUACAACUCAAAUAAUUGUAGUUUUGAAACUGAGAUACACCAAUCCUAUGUCCAUCGACGUUACUUCAAUGGGAACAACUACUCCACCUGACGACCACGAGUCCUUUCAAUCGGACCGUCCCCAGUCGAUCUCUUCCAACCUUUCUGAAGGCAGUGACACUGACGAAAAGGAGUUAUUAGAUGACGAAGAACGUAAAGACCUUGCCGGUGCAAAAGACUCCAAAGCCCCUAAAGAUAAAAAGAAGAAGAAUUUCCUGUCGAAAACAUUUAACUCGUUAGGAAAGUCCUUGAAAUUGACUUCCUCCUCGAAAUCCCCAAAGCCUUCAAAAUCACCAAAACCCCUCUCACCAUCCCUCGAGAUCUCAGACCCUUCUCUGAUCUCUGAAAGUAAAACCACUUCAGAGGCGCAACCGGUCGAAAGUAAUGAACUGACAAAAAGCUGCUCUUCGACGAACACAAGAGACUCCGACAAGAAAGAAAGGGCUUCAAAUCGGAAGUCGACGUCCUCAACACACAAAGAAGAAGACAAUCCCCUCGUCGAGAAAGAAAAACAAGAGAAGGAGACGUCGCCUUUGAAGUCUUCAAAGGAAGACAAAGAGAAGAAGACCACGAUGUCGAAGAUCUUUAAACCGGCUCACAACGCUUUUAAUGCGGGCACCGGCUUCAUCAAAAACAUCGGAGAGUCAACCAAAGCAGUGUUUACUGGCCACUCCGAGACUCCCGAGGAAAAGGCUGAGCGUGAAAAAGCGGACUCUGAGAGACUUUUAGUGUUAACGCUGUGGAAGCAGAACAUAGCGGUCUUCACAAACCCCUCCCCACUGGUCAUCCCCAAUGAUUCGUUGAAAGUGUACUCAAGACCAAAUAAAGCGAAGAUUAAUAAGAAGGAAUUAGUCUUCUUAUUAUGCUCAGAUGCCGUCUUUAGGUCGGGUCACUUGGACUGUUGGAGUUCGUUAGUUAUGCCGAAGGACGAGUAUAAUGAGAAUGUCACUGGAGUGUCGUUGGUGCCUCUAUCAGUGAAGGAAGACGGGUACUUUUUAGAGACGAAUAGCGAGUCGGUGGAGAAGAAAAGUGAACUGAAGAAUAUGUCGAUCAUCGAUGUGGAGUCGGACUUUCCAUAUUAUAAAACGUUUUUCUACGAAAAUCCAAAUACAAGACAUUACUUGUCGAAGGACGAGAAUGUUAUUGUGUCACUGCAGAGAUAUAAAGAAGUCGCGCGAUGCUUCUUAAGGAACGGGAAGGGUGUGACGCGGUGCUUGAUAUCGAAAGACGACUUUGAGAGGCCGCAGAACGUGCAGACCUUCUUUAAAGACCCGAAGACAGUGAUUUGCCUUGAAAAUGCUAAUGCGAAAGAACUUGAUGACGAGCUCUGUACGAUGGAGGAGAAGUCAUUGAUCGAACAUUACAAGUUUGGAGUGAUUUACGCGAAGCCGGGACAACACGACGAGAACUCGAUCUUUAGAAAUAUGGAGGAAGAGUGCUCGCCGGCGUUUUUCAAGUUCAUGGCGCUGAUAGGGAACAAAACGGAGUUAUUGGGGUACUCGAAUUAUAGAGGAGGACUUGAUGUGAAGACGGGGACGACAGGGAAAUAUAGUUAUACGAAUCACGCGUACCAAUUCUAUAUUAUGUUCCAUGUUGCACCAUUACUGCCGUUAUUGGAAGAAGACGAACAGGCUUUAGAAAGGAAGAGACACGUUGGGAAUGAUGUGGUUGUGUUGGUGUUUAAAGAACAGGCUGAUGAGAACGAUCAAUUUGAUCCAAGAAUCCUUACGUCCCAUUUCAAUAGCGUCUUUGUCGUUGUCUCACCGAUGAAAAGAACAGAAGACAAUACACAAUAUAGAGUCACGACGUGCACAAAACCAUCGAUAGACGCGUUCCCACCAUUUGAGAAUGAAACGGGAAUCUAUCAACACGGAGACGAACUGAAAGACUUCAUCUUAAGAAAACUUAUUAAUGGAGAAAGAAUGUCACUGUUCUCACCUACGUUCAGAACUAAUUACAGAAAGACCGUUAAGGAACAACUGAAGGAUAUGAACGAAAGGUUCUAUAAGAAGGAAUUGCUCCAACAAAUCAUCAACCCAUUUGAUAUACACUUGCCAUCCACAAAUAACUAA